AUGUAGUCACCGUAAAGAAGAAAAUGAUUGGGGCGUUCGUGCGCCCGCUACGGCGUUCGUGCGCCGGCCCGAAAUUUUUUGUAUCUUGUGUCUUCUUCUACCUCUAGCCGAGAGUGAGAGAGGACUGCGGUUCCAACAGAGUGCGCGAGGAACGGGCAGAACAGCGGGUGCAACGGCGGGAUGAUGGAGGACGCGUUCGACUUCAUCGCCCGGAACGGCGGCAUCGACACGGAGGAGGACUACCCCUACACCGCCAAGGACGGCAGGUGCGACCACGCCAAGAGGAGCCGCACGGUGGUGUCCAUCGACGGCUUCGAGUCGGUGCCGGAGAACGACGAGCUGUCGCUGAAGAAGGCGGUGGCGCACCAGCCCGUGAGCGUGGGCAUCGAGGCCGGCGGCCCCGAGUUCCAGCUGUACGAGUCGGGGGUGUUCACCGGCAGGUGCGGCACGGAGCUGGACCACGGCGUGGUGGCGGUGGGGUACGGCACCGACAAUGGCAGGGACUACUGGAGCGUGCGCAACUCAUGGGGCCCGGACUGGGGCGAGGACGGCUACAUCCGGAUGGAGCGCAACGUCACCGCGAGCACCGGCAAGUGCGGCAUCGCCAUGAUGGCGUCCUACCCCGUCAAGAACGGGCCCAACCCGUCACCCAAGCCACCAAACCCGCCGAAGCCGAAGCCGGUGGCCUGCGACCGCCACAGCAAGUGCCCGGCGGGGAGCACCUGCUGCUGCACCCACGGCGUCAGGAAGACGUGCUUCGUCUGGGGGUGCUGCCCUGCCAAGGGCGCCACCUGCUGCAAGGACGGCGCCACCUGCUGCCCGUCGGACUACCCCGUCUGCAACGCCAGAAUCGCACUUGCUCCAAGAGCAAGAACAGCCCGUACACCGUGGAGGCGCUCAUCCGUACUCCGGCCAAGCGAAGCAGGACAACGACACUUACACAACUGGUUGAUUUAGUGUUCUCCGAAUUGGACAUCUAGGCUCUGAGUCUUUUCUAGUAUUAUUUUUUAGCACAUAGCUACAAUAGUAUUAGGACUAUUUGAAAUUUGUAUCCGCAGGAAUAUGUACAUACGAGAUACGAGAAUUUCCACCUUGUUGAAGA